AGUAGUCCUCCUGCUACCGUGAAAAAUAUGUCUGCCGCUCGUUCCGUCUCCCCGCUGCUGAUGCUGCUGCUGGUGUGCGCUGCUGCUGUGCUUUUGGCUCCUGCCGCGGAGGCCAUCAGCCGGCCACUGCCACCGUAUGUGGGUCUGCCCACGCAGGAUGGCCUCACGCAUUUGUUCCUCAACUCUCGGGUGACACGUCGCGAUCCCAUGGCCUCGGUGGCCUGCUUUGGCGGCUACAUUGGCGAGUCCAAUCAAAUCGCCGAGAUCUACAGCUUCAACUACAGCACCUGUGCCAACGAGGCGCAAAACUCACGCAAGGGCAUCGACAGCGACUUUAUACCCACUCGCAGGACCAUCGAACGGUCGUCGGGGAGAGUGUGCGAGGAUCUGAGGAAGUGCAACAGCAUCAAUGGCACCCUGGACUCCUUCAACUGUCACGCCACUGUGGGCUCCAACAACACCGUGGCCACGUACAGCAUCUCGGGCAACGCCUCAGAGUCUGCCAGUCUGCUGCAGGAGCGUUAUCGUGUGGUGGAGCUCUCCCACGAGCAGUGCAUCCACAAGGCCGAGCGACGCUAUGUGGAGGCCACGGCCACCAACUACAACUAUCUGCAGGCCUGUCUGGAUGGCCGUGUGCAGCCCAAGCCCAUGCCCGUGCCCACCACCAGCACCUCCACGAGCACCUCUACGACGACCACCACAACUACGACGACUACGGAGGCACCCACCACGGAGCCAGCCACGGAGGGGCCGCCCUUCAAUGUGGAGGAUCAGUUUAAGCAGCUUUUAAACUUGUUAAACUAAUGUUUCGCUCGGGUUUAAGCAGGAUUCGUCGUCGUGCUCAUUAAAGAGUGAAAACAGUUUGCAGGCAAAGGCAAAGGA